GAAAAGACUAGGCGGUCUAUUCAAAACGGAAGAGCUCUGUUGUUCCUGACAUGGAUUAUAACAAUAAAUACAUUCUUAUUGUAACGUAAUUAUACAUAAUAUAUGUAAUUAUUGAAACGUAAAAUUCUGCAUUUUUUAAAUUAUGUGUUUAAGUAAUCACUGGUCAGGUAUCAGGUACGACGAAUUAAAUAUGAUAUGCUAACUUGCUAGCUGAUAACCGGAAAUAAACUGUUGUGACUUUAGUAGAUAGUGGGGUUGCCAGAUUGUUCUUUGUUCCUGUGCAAGUGUUUUAAUCUGUUGAGAGGAUUUCAGUUUUUUUUUCUGAAAGUUAGAUUAAUCAUGUCCUUGUUAAACAGGUGAAUGGAGGUAUAGUAUGCUAUUAAUGUUCUAAAUGUUAUGUUGAAGUUUAAUUUCGAUAGUGAAAUUUAAUAUAUGUUUUGAAUUUGAGUGGUUGUGUUGGUAAUCUGGCAACCCUGGGAGCUACGCAAGUUAUUUAACUGUCAAGCCUGGUUUGGAUGGGCGGUACGUUCAAAACACUCUGAAACGUUGGCAUGGAUUUAGUAAACACAACUUUCAGAUCUGUCCUACAGGUCUAGCCCUUUUAAUAUUUGUUUACAACAGUCAGAGAUGAACCACGGAGAAAUGAUUUGCUAAGCUAGCAACCCGAGAUAAAGCAGUGAUACAGUGGAUUAACUACAUUUCAAGCUUACUGUAAGAGAUAACUGAUUAGAAUAAAAGUUGAUCAGAAUAAUACCGGAGCAUGAAACGAAAAAGUACAAACGCCAAAGUGAGUCGACUGAGUCCUAAUGAGGAGGCGCAACUGGUCCGAGAGGAGCUUCAGAGGAGAAGAAAACUGAGAUUACAGCAAGUCCGGGAACAAGAGCGCUACAUUGCGCUGCAGGUGCGGCGUGAAGUGCAGGAGAGGAAAGAGCGAGAGCUGCAGAGUCUUGCCACAGCGCUCCAGGAUGAGUGGCAAAAGCAGAGGAGAGAGAGAAUACAAGUCCUGGAGAAAAUCUACAAGGAGAACCUCAGAGAUGUGGGUCAGAGCCACCGUGAUGCCACACUAAAUGAACCAAAUUGGGAAGCUCUGGCUCUGAAAAAGGAACAGAAUGACAUGAGAGCAGCAGAGAGGCACCAGAAGGCUCUUCGAAGCCUCAUUACCCAAAGACAGGCUGAAGCAGAGCAGCGGAAUCGACAUGUGGAAGCACGGAAGAAGGCUCUGAUGGUGGAGAAGGAGAGGGCAGCAAAAAUCGCCAGCCUUCCUCACGCUGCCCCUGACCCUAUAGAGAGUGUUGCCAUUCAGACUCCAUUACAACCCAAGAUGUCCAUUGUGGAACAUUACUCUAUCACACACUACCACAUCCCAGAGACAGCAGUGGACAGAGAAACAGAUACAGUGCAGCCAGAUGCUCAGGAGGCAGCAGCGUUGGAGGCUCGGCGGUUGGAGGAGCUGGAGAAGCAUGAAGCCCGUGAUAGACAAGAGCAACUUGAGAGGGCACGAGUUAGAGGAGAGCAUGCUCUUCGUAAGGAAAAAGGCAUACAGAACAAUGCAAGGUUGCUGUGUGAGUUGGAGUGGCUGCAGCAAGCUGAGCUGCAGCGGCGCAGGCACGUGGUGAAUAGCAUGCCAGCGCAAAUUUUCCAACCGCUCUACAGACAUGAUGAUCUGAGAGCCGAGCAGCAGCAAGACCUGGAAAUUGCCUUUCAGGACUUGUGUACUGAAGAUAAAGAGAUCAGAGAUGAGUUGGUACUUCAGUUUGUGUCGGAGCCACUUUCUCCUCCUGUUCCAUCUGCUAAAACCGACAGUAGUCCUGAAUGUGACCUGGACCUGGAUGUGACCCUUGAACCCAAGGAGACACCAUGUGAAGAGGAACAGAAGGAAUCCGGGGUGGAGCCUGUUGCUUCUCAAAGCCAGUCUAUGAGGCUCUCAGUGCCUGCAGAGGGUACAGGUAGGAUGGCUCUGAAGAGGCUGCUGGAUCGUGUCAGGACUCAGAGGGAUCAGUGGAGCAGGAAGGACCCUGCAGAAGGGCAAGGAAGGGUCAGAGUGGAGCACACCAGCGAUGAACAUGGAUCACUGAGCAAUGUGGAAUGGCAGCAGGCUUCUAGUCUGGAAGAAGGCACAGUUGAGACAUCACUGGCAGAAAAUAAUUCCAAGUUAAGUGAAGACUCCAUUGUGGUUGGACCUAUGCUGGAGCCUGACGAGCAGACCACAGAAAUGGACAGGAGAGUGAGGGAAGAGGAGCUGAAGAGGCAGCAACAAGAACAGUUUGCCCUGUUACAGGAGCUGGAGGAGAAACGGCAGAGUCUGGAGUUUCAGCUAGAGGAGGCACAACUGUGCAGGCAGAGGCUGCAGGGUGCUUUACACAUGUCAUCUGGGAUGUCUGUACAGGAAACACCACCACCACAGGAAAUGGUUUCUGAACCUUCACCUGAUGUGGGAUUUAGGCUGGAGUUUAAGGUGAAAGAGUCUGCCCCUCUGUUAGACAGUUUGCACAUACAGAGACUCCAGCAGUAUCAGCAAAGACUUCUGAAGCAGAACCGACUUCAUAAGAAGACUAUUGAUGACGCUUGUCAGAGUCUUGAGGAAUACAAGCAAACUUUGAAGAUGCGCUAUGCUCCGGUUACCAUGACAGCAACACAAACACCACCACCUUCAUGUAAUGAGGAAACCAUUUGCUCUUUUCCUUCUUUGCCUCAUCGGACACUCCCGACUACCACCACACACCUUUUAAACACUGACACUGGAUCUCCUAUCUCUCACCAGACACCAGUAGUGAAUGUAAAGCAAAGCCACAACAAUAAUGUCCUUGCAGACCCAACACUACUCAUUCAGCCUCCUCUACCUAGUCCGAGUCCUACCUUAACCACAUACCCAGAUACCCAUGUAAUGGCACAAACUAUCUCCACGCCCAUCACUAUCUCUCACUCGGUGCAUGAGGAUGGAUUGGCGUUGAUUCCACAAUCAGCAGCCAGCUCCUUAGUAGACAAGAGGCCUACAGAUGGUGCUUCAGAGCUUCAAGAAGUUCCUUUGCUCCCCCCUGCUGUGUUUCUGGAAUAUCUGCGAAGCAGGUGUUCUCAGUCACCGCCCACGCAUCUCACUCUGAUCUCUCAGCACGUCUCAAAAGAUCCUGGGGUUGUCCUGCAGGAAGAAGUCGAGAACAGUAACCUGUAUUGGGAUGCAGAAAUGGAGAAAAAUCAGCAGGUCAGAGAUCAGAUACAAAAACAAAGAGAUGCCCUCCAUGCAUUACUCAGAGCACAGCAUGCAAAGGAGCAGUCAAUCCCACUGGGAAUGCAUGAGAGUGCUGUUAUAGAUGCUCCUGUGAAGGCUGAUGAGAAGCGCAAUGAACCUCUCCCGGUCUCUACAACACCGAGACAGAGCCAUGCCCACACCCAACAAACUCCUGUGUUUGAGUCCAGUGAACAUUCUCUGUGUGAGUCAACGAGUGGCGUACAAGUAAAUCCUCCAGUCUCUUGCCCACCAAGGACACUCCAGGUUCUCCUGCGUGACUUUGAGCAGCACAAACUCAGCACUAUUGAGGAAGUGGACACUCCAGUUAACGUUACCAUGGAUACAGCUGCUGAGGUGUGUAUGGACAGCUCAUCAGCAGAGAGCUCAGAUUGCGCUCACUCCUGCAGUCUCUCUCUGACUCCACCCACCAUGGGCUCAGGGAGCACUCAGGGGCUGAGCUUAGACUUGGAGGUCAUAAGGUCAGAGGACAGCACAUGCAGACCCAGCAAACUGUCAUGGAGAGAGAUGCUGCAGCUGGAAUCAGCAGCUUCACGUGCAGGUACAGACUCUACAGAGCAGCAGCAGGUAGAGGAGGUGGAGCUGGUCUUACCACCUGACGGAGCCUCUGGUGCACCAGAUUUCCUCUCUUCCACCACCCUUUCAACAGGCAGCUACUUCUCUAGUGAACAGGAUCCCAACUUCAAUGUUACAGAUUCUUCUUUGUUCAGUAAUGAAUGUCCUGGAAGGUCUGGAACCUCUCUCAUCUGCUCCAGCAGCUUGUGUGCUUUAAAUUUUCCCAAGACAACAAACUCCUCACAUUGCAGUAACAGUCUGCAGAACAUCAUCGAUAAAUACACUAAAGAGCUGGACAAGUCCCUCAGAUCAGUCCAUACAGGAGGCAGAGUCUCUGUAGUAACUGCUCAGGAAAGUGGGAACACCGGUUUAAGCUUCUGUGCAGAGCAGAACACUGAUGCUGGAACACUCACAGCACCACAACUACCAACGCUUGCUUUACAGUGCAACCUGGAGGACAGCAAUUCCCUUAAUACCACUAUGCAGGAUACCUUUCAGCCUCUUUCUCCUGAGAUCACAAACACUGACAUGACAGAAUAUAGCACAACUCUCCAACUUCCACUAAAUCCCCCUGUGGAGGACUCCAACUCUAAUACAGACACAACUGCCUCUGAUUGGCUUGAUUGUGGCCUUCCACAACACAGCUCCAGUACAGAUGAGCAGUCAUCAUCUGCGUCUGCAGGCUUUCCUCAGUGGGAAUUGACACUGGGAAAUGACAGCAAAUUAAGGAAUCUAGAAGACUCUGUCUCACAUGAAGUAGAAGUGUCCAGACUGCAGAAUGUUGGUGAGGCGAUGAUCAGCACACUUCCACAACGAAGCUUUGACAAGACAGAGAUGUCCCAAUCUACUGAUGGGUCAUGCAGUCAGUUGGAGGAAGUGAAGCACAGGAGGGAGCUACACAGCUGCCAACAUGCUAAUGCUAAGAGCCGAGAAAAAGUAAGAGAGUUCAGAAUGAAAACCUUGGAGAAACUAAGGGCUAAAUAAAUAUGAUCCUUAUUGCUGUAUAUUUUGUUUGAUAAACAUUUUAAACGUAUCUUUGUGCUUUGUUUUGUGGAAACUUUCUUUCUUUUUUGUAAUUAUGUACUUUUAACUUGUAUAUUAAAAGACUUUCCAAAAUUGUG